AUCUUUGAACUUCAAUAGGAGAACAAGGUAUAUAAAGAAAAAUACAAAUCUACAGACUGUUACUUCGGUAAAAUCAAGUAAAGUAUUUGUGUUCAUUCUGCCUCAACUAGGUUUUCUAUACUGAAAGGACAAAACGGCUCCACAAUCUGAUGGCGCAUAACUCGGCAGAUGUAGUUGCAAAUAAACAACGACAGGAAACUCCGACUCCAAGCACGCUCGGGAUCAGCACAAUAAAGCCGAAGUUUCCGCACUAUGCGCAGAUUUCCAAGAGGUUUGAGUCUUUCGAAGAGGCAGCGAACCCCUGGCCGAAGCAUUCCCCUGUAAAGAUCGAGGACCUAGUUGAGGCAGGAUUGGUGUACACAGGCGUUGGUGAUAGUGUUCGAUGCUACCACUGUGGUGGUGGGUUGCGUAACUGGGAGGAUGGAGAUAGCCCUAUGGAAGAGCAUGCGAAAUGGUACCCAAACUGCCAGCACGUCCUCAUAGCCAAAGGGAAGCAAUUCAUUCAACAGAUUGGAUCUGGACAACGACCGGAGACUGAUGGACAAAUCCAGAAUCAGCGGCCAGCGGUUCACAAGAAAGAUCCAUUUGAAAAGGACAAAAUCAUUAUUCAAACAUUAAAGGAGUUUGACUUUUCUGAAGACCAAUCAAAACAAGCCAUACAAUUGUAUAUGCUAAAAAAUGGAGGAAAGAAAAAUUACGAGGCAAAAGAUUUGAUGGUUAUUCUUUGGGAGGUCGCUGAAAACCCUGAUAUUUUGAACAUUUUGAAUAAUCACAACGACCGAACAGCAGAAUGCAGUGAAGGAAUGGAACGCAUGACUGUGGAUGAUGAGCCUGAAGAUGAAGCUGAUGCCAUGUCAUCUGCCGAUAUCGCCACAUUAGAAGAGGAAAACCAAUCAUUGAAGCAGAAAACCCUCUGCAAGAUCUGCUUGGACAAGCGUGCAGACAUCAUAUUCUUGCCCUGCGGUCACAUGGUCAGUUGUCCAAUGUGUGCUCCGGCCUUGGCCUGUUGUCCGAUCUGUCGCAAAGGAAUCAUGGGUCUUGUUAAGGCUUAUUUCGCAACUCGAUCUGAACUAGUUGACUGUGAAGAUUCUUAAAAUAAAUCCACAUCGCACCUAGGUUACCGAUCCAACAUUAACACUCUAAUAUUAACAAUGAAUAUAUCUAUCUCUCAAGACAUCGUCUAUUUUGUUUUAUGCUUAUGCUUAAUUUUAAUUCAAGUGAUCCACACCAAAUAUCUACUGGCCUUAGCUUCUAACUUCACUUUAAAUUCAAUCUCUAUAUUUGAAUUGCCAAUAGCCAACCAUUGACCAAUAUCUUAAUCAUAAAUGGGUAUUGACUUCUGUUUCUUAAAUCUGUAUAUUUCAUCCAGGAUAAUAAAGAUAAUAGAGAUAUCUGAAAGAUGAUAUGAAUGAAAUAAAAACAGAAUUGGAUAUAUAAUGAGGGAUACAAUAGUCAUAUUGUCACAUUACUCUGAUAUUGUCACCCAUUUAUAUUGUAUUAGAUGACAUUUGCGUUAAUCUGCUUUCAAAGACUGAACAACAUAUAAUAACUCCAAUUAUACAAGUGCAUGCAGUAUUGUGUAUGAUGAUGUAUAUCUUUAGUCCUUAAAAUAUGUUUAAAACUUAAAAGAGUGUAGAGAACAGCUUUCAUUUGCUUCAAGUUGCGAUUGGUUUAAGCUAGGUGAAAUGUGAAUUUAUUCUUAGUGUUUUCUGUAGUAAUGUGAAUAAGAGAAAAUACCACAGUCUUUCAGUUAUUAUAAGGCAGAAGUAUUAAAUGUUAGAUAUGUGUGCUAAGACUGCUGGUAUCCGCAUAUGCGCACUAUCAACAAACUCUUUUAUUUCUAACACGUCAAAUAAGCACUGUAUUGAUUAUGCCUAUAAUUAUGAUCUCAAUAUUUUCAGUAUUACAAAAAGCGAAUUUCUAACUGUAAUUGCAUAUGCGGAUAUCAAACUCCGCAUAGUUAAAUGUUACAAAUACCAUGAAAGCCCUGCAAUAAAGACAAUUGUUUUAUCAUUAACGUUAAAACCAGAAAACAGCAUUUAAGAUGCGUUUAACUGAUGUAAACACAUUUUUAAAAAAUCCGCCAUCCAAUAAACUGUGGUAUCUUCACAGUCAUCUAGUUCAGAUGGUAAUGGCGAGAAACAAUGUCAUCAAAUUCAGUUUAUUGAUAGGAAAACGCAUUACGAAGAUUGGACAUGGGGCGUAAAAUUCGGUUUAUCUAAACCGCAAGAUAUAUGAACAUUACACACACACACAUACUAUUAAUGGAAAAAUUAUGACAACAUUGAGGAUUAGAUUCCGUGUUUCGUGCCAAGAAUGCUGUAUAAAGACAUUACACCUCGAAGAGGACUGUUUGAGGGCAUUCGUUGUGUUAUAAUGUGUAAAUUAUAUUUCGAAAAUAAGAGAAAUUACUCUUGUACUGUGUUCAUAAACUGGUCCUAUUUUAGAUAAGUGUUUUCGCUGAGUUAUGCAUUUUCGCUGAGAAGUGUUUUUCCUUAGUGUCCACAAAUACUUAACAAUUGUAUCAAGCUUUUGUAAAUGUUACAUUUAAUUUUGUAAAAAAGUACAUCUCGGUAAGAAUGUGCACUGUUUAAUUGAAUUAUCAACUACUCAUGUAAAUAACCCGCAUUUAUGUCUGGUUGAUGUUUCUUACAAAAUGUAAAAAUGUAUAUGUGUUAUUGUAAUCUUAUUAUUUGGAAUUAUUUUGAAUCCGUUGUUUACUAAAAGAUAGUGAUCAAUGUAAAUAAUGUCUUUGCUAUUUGCUUUGUUUAAUUUGUUAUGCAGUUUAAAUUGAUAUUGAGCUUUGUAAUAAUCUGUGAUAAGUUAUGUUAAUGGUGUUAUAAUCCUUGCCUUCUUAAUAUUAAAAAACAAUUAUCAAA